AUGAAAGCAAUGUCAUUAUUUUUCAUCAUCAUAUCAUAUUUCCUUCUAUUUGAAUGUGCCAAUGGUAUACCAUUAGCAAGAGAAUGCACUGGAAAUCCAAGAGCAUGUGAUGAUGGUACGGUAUGUUUUAAUAAAUCGACCUCUUACUCCGGUUGCUAUAAGAAAUGUCCGAGUGGCUGGAUAUGUAAUGCCGGAGAUAUAUUGUGUAAUAAAGCGGUUGAAGAUUUGGUACAAGAAGUAGAAAACUUGAAAGAUGAUAAUAUUGUCAAUGGCUUUGCAAUUAAUCAAUUGUGUAUUGGCCAAACUGCCUGUAAGACUAGAGAAAAACUGGAAAAUCCAUCAUGGUUCGAUAAUGUUCUUAAUACAUUUGUUGAACCAUAUAUUCAACGAGCUGGAAAUUGGAGUAGUGUUAUUAGAAAAUGUCAUGAUCAAUGGUCAGUGAUUCCUGUUGUUGGAAAGUAUCGAUGUCAAGAACUUAUGGCCGAUUAUCAUAUUGCUCAAGAUCUUCAAAAUGCCGUCAAUAGACAUGGAUGUGGAACACAACACGAUUGGGAUUUAGUGGGUGAAUACAUUAAAGAUUGUGUUAAAAAAUCCCAUAUUGGAGUACCAUUUGGUGAAACUUAUGCUAUAUCAGAAGUCAUUAAAAAUCGAAAUAUCGUUCGUGAAAAAUGCAAAAAAGUACGAAAACCACUUGGUCUUCAAAUAGAAUUUUGA